AUGUGGAACCAAACAAUCGAUGGGUUCAUGAUCAAGAUGGGAUUCAAGAAGUGCGAAUCGGACCACUGCAUCUACAUCAAGCGAGACGACCAAGACAUGAUUCUCGUGGUGCUCUACGUCGAUGAUCUCAUCCUGGCCAGCAGCAACAACGAACUCCUCAAGUCAACCAAGAUGGCGCUGAGCAAACGCUUCGAAAUGACGGAUCUCGGUGAGCUCGAUUACUUUCUCGGCAUGGAGAUCAAGAACGACCGUAAGACGGGAAUGGUGACUGUACAACAAACCAAGUUUUUCAAGUCCGUGUUAACCAAGUUCGGAAUGGAUAACAGCAAGCCAGUGAAGACGCCUCAAGAUCCCGGCCUGAAGCUAACCAAGAACAUGUGUGAACAAGAAUGCAAGCACGAAGACACCAUGUGCAACGUGCCAUAUCGAAGUGCUGUCGGAGGCAUCAUGUAUCUCAUGGUCGCCACACGUCCGGAUCUAGCUGCUGCAGUGGGAUCAUUAUCCCAGUUCUCGUCCGACCCAUGCCCGACUCACUGGCAAGCUUUGAAGCGUGUGCUGAGAUACCUGAAAGCAACGCCCAAUCAUGGUCUUGAGUUUACACGUGAAGAAGGAAGCCGUAUCUGCGGGUACACCGACGCAGACUGGGCCGGCGACAUUGAGUCAAGACGAAGUACAAGCGGCUAUGUGUUCAUGAUGAGCGGAGGAUGCAUCAGCUGGAAAAGCCAGAAACAACGGACGGUCGCGCUAUCUUCAACAGAAGCAGAAUACAUGGCGCUUUCCGAAGCAACCAAAGAAGCAGUAUGGCUCAAAGUGCUUUUGGGGGAGCUUGGUGAGAUGACAAGCGACGAAGCGAUCAAGAUGUAUGAAGACAACCAAGGAUCAAUCGCUCUCGCCAAGAACCCGGAGUUCCAUAAGAGAACAAAACACAUCGACAUACGCUACCAUUUUGUGCGUGAGAAGGUGGAAUCAGGUGAAGUCGUUUUGGAGUAUUGCCCGACUCAAGAUAUGCUGGCAGACAUGAUGACCAAGCCGAUCGCCGCUGUACAAUUUGAAAACAUUCGCGAUCGACUUGGGAUCCAAGGUGCCGCAGCUAACGAGUCGAGAGGGAGUGUUGAAAAGACAGCGGCUGUGAAGAAGACACCUCGUCAAGCUGCGUCAAGUGUUGAAGCAAGUGGAAGACCAAGCUUCGCUAUACCGGUGGGUACCGGUAUGUACCAGUAA